CCGCGAAAACCUAAGGUCUGUAAUAUUAGAAUAUCAGUAUCACCACAAUGAACUCGUGUUUGUGUGUGUGUGUGUGAGUUUUUUUAUUAUAUUUAUUGUUACAGGAUCAAAUCCACUCGCGGCGAGAUUACAUUUUCUUCCAUAAAAGGAUAGCCUGAUGACGCGGCUCUUUGGCGCGCGUUCUGAUUUGGUCUGAGCAUCUGUAGGCUGUGGUGAAGGAGAUGCAGGGGUCAAUGUGUUGUGCAACCCGGGUGCACAGAGUAGAUGCGCGCGGACGGACGCAGCGAAGGUCUGGCUGCGGGUUGCAAAAUAGUUUGAAGUGUGUGUGAGUGAGAGAGUGAGUGAGUGAGUGAGUGAGUGAGAGCAGCAAAAACCCCGAACCCGGAGCAGUGUCUCGGUGCGUAUGUCCUCUAUUGAGAUAGCAACGAGAGCUGGACACACGGAGGGACAAACUUGGAUAUAUCACCUGGACUUAAAGCUCUGUCCAUUUCUUUCCUUCGUAACGGAUAUAGCGGUGUGAUAGGCUGCUGUUCUGGCUGCGGGGAUGGUGUUUAUGAGCGCGUACAGGAUCGGUGCAUGCUUGGGGAUGUUGUGUCGCGUGCUGUCGGUCCUUUCUGUGGUCUCAGGGUUUAACUUGCAUGGGGAGCGUCCAACUGUGUACCGGGGACCAGAGGGGAGCUACUUUGGUUACUCCGUGGACUUCUACCGACCGACCCCAGAAAGCAAAAAGUUGAGUGUGUUGGUGGGAGCGCCCAAGGCCAACACAUCCCAGCCAGGCAUCAUAGAGGGAGGAGCUGUCUAUUAUUGUCCCUUUACCUCAGACCCCACCAAGACAACCCACAGAUGUACACAGAUACCCUUCGAUAACACCAAUAACAGAAUGAUUAAAGUGAAUGGCACCAGAGAGCCCCUGGAGUUCAAGUCCCACCAGUGGUUUGGUGCCUCAGUCAGAACUCACAAAGGCAAAGUGGUGGCCUGUGCUCCUCUGUAUCACUGGCGUACAGUGAAGGUGAACAGUGAGAAGGACCCGGUGGGAACUUGCUAUGUCGCCGUGCAGAAUUUCAGUGCAUAUGCAGAAUACUCUCCAUGUAGGACCAAUGAUCCAGACCCAGAAGGACAGGGAUUCUGCCAAGCCGGCUUCAGCGUGGACUUCACCAAGGAUGGGACAUUAGUGGUGGGUGGACCUGGAAGUUUCUACUGGCAAGGUCAGGUGAUGACAGCCGGCGUAGCAGAUAUACUGAACGGUUAUUCACUGAAGGCCGUUCUCAGGCGAGUCCCUGGAGAGAAACACACACACGCUGCUGCUGAUACACAUGACGACAGCUAUCUAGGUUACUCUGUAGCCGUGGGGGAAUUUACUGGAGAUUCGGAACAAGAGGUGAUAGCUGGGGUUCCGAGAGGGGCACAGAACUUUGGAUAUGUAGCUAUGAUAAACUCCACUAAUCUCACAUUCAUCAUGAAUUUCACGGGAGAGCAGAUGGCUUCCUACUUUGGCUAUUCUGUGGCUGUUACUGAUCUCAACGGGGAUGGGUUUGAUGAUGUCCUCGUUGGAGCUCCUCUGUACAUGGAGAGGGAGACAGAGAGUAAACCCAGGGAAGUGGGACGUGUGUACCUGUACCUCCAGCACUUCCCGCUCACCUUCUCAGACCCCCUUCUCCUGACUGGAACACACACUUUUGGACGGUUCGGCACUGCCAUUGCCCCGCUAGGAGACCUCAAUCAGGACGGGUACAAUGAUGUAGCAGUUGGUUGUCCAUUUGGUGGGGAGGACCGGCGUGGCCUGGUGUUGAUCUACAAUGGCCAGAAAGACCUGCUGUCUCAGGGCCUAACUGUCAGCCAGGAGCUCCAUGGUGCCUGGGCCUCCAGUAGUGGCCUGUCUGGCUAUGGCUUCACCCUGAGGGGGGACAGAGACCUGGACAACAACCACUACCCUGACCUGAUAGUGGGAGCAUUUGGUAAAGGGGAGGUGUCAGUGUACAGGGCUCGUCCUGUAGUCUCAGUGGAGACAGAGAUGAUCCUGACUCCCAGAAUCUUCAACCCUGAUGACCGAUCCUGCUUAAUGACAGAAUCUGAUACGAUGGUUACCUGCAUCAGGGUAGAUGUGUGUGCGAAUGUGAGUGGUGUGGAGAUCCCCGAGUCUGUAGUCCUGAAUACAGAGGUACAGCUAGAUUGGCUGAAAGGUGUGAGAGGUGGAGUUAAAAGAGUUCAUUUCCUGGAUUCCCAUCAGCCUCAGAGGACAGGGGUCCUAAUGUUCAGCCCCAGCCAUCCACACUCAUGCCUGAACUAUACUGUCUACCUACGAGCAGAAGAUGAGUUCAGGGAUAAGUUGACUCCCAUCUCACUGGCGGUGAACUAUAGUUUAGCCCCUCCUCCUUCUGACCUGGACCUCCCACCUGUCCUCAACUACUUCAGUAGCACCUUCCUGCAGGAACAGGCAUAUAUUCUGCUGGACUGUGGCGACGACAACGAGUGUAUUCCAGACCUCCAGCUCUCUGCCAGCAUGGACCGUAUGGAGCUGGAGGUGGGGGAUGACAACCUGGUCCUGCUGACCAUUAACGCGGUUAACAAAGGAGAGGGGGCAUAUGAGACAGAGCUACAUACUCUCCUGCCCCCUGAGGCUGAUUACAUAGGAGUGGAACGCAGAAUAGAGUCUCUGUCCAGGUUGAACUGUGAAUACAGGAUGGUGAAUGACUCCAGGCUGGUGGUUUGUGACCUAGGGAACCCCAUGGUUGCUGGAACUGAAGUGUCUGUAGGCUUACGGUUUGCUGUUCAGAGGUUGGAUGAUGCUGGGCCACUUAUCAACUUUGACCUACAAAUCCACAGUUCAAACAAAGACAAUUCCAAGAGCAAUCCGAUCAGUCUGUCUCUCUCUAUAUCGGCCAGAGCUCAGCUUGAUCUGAGGGGGGUGUCUCAUCCCUCUCAGGUGGUUCUACCGUUUCCUCGCUGGGAGCCCAAAGAAAAGCCGCUCAAAGAGGAUGAUGUAGGACCCCAGGUUACACACAUUUACGAGCUUCAUAACUCAGGUCCCAGUAGUAUCCGGGAAGCAGAGCUCCAGGUGGGCUGGCCCUCUCGUUUCCAUGAUGAGCACCUGCUCUAUGCAAUGGAGGUUGUAACGGAUGGACCAAUCAGCUGCCGGACCAACACCAGCCUCAACCCCCUGGGUCUACAGACCUCCUCUGCCCAGGACACCCCGGAGUUGUUAGGCUUUCUGAGGAACAGCAGCUCUCCUCGCCGUUACAGACGAGCCACCGGCACUGUGCAGGCCUAUAGCAGCAAGACCUUGAACUGCAGUAACAUUAUUUGUCUGAGGGUGCUCUGUGUCAUCGGCCGGUUGGACCGUGGUCAGAGCGCUGUAGUCAAGAUUCGCUCCCGACUUUGGGCUCACACCUUCCUCCAGAGACGUAACAACCCGUACCUCCUGAAUUCCACGGUGUCCUUCAGAGUGAUUGCCCUGCCCUACCGUCUCCAGCCCUCUUCUUUACCCCAUCGCACUACUUCAAUGGGUACAUUGAUUCUGUGGGGAACUCCUGAUGUGGCGUUUGCUGUUCCUCUGUGGGUCAUCAUCCUUGCCAUCCUACUGGGGUUGCUGGUUCUGGCCGUGCUAACACUGGCCAUGUGGAAGUGUGGGUUCUUUGACCGGGCGCGGCCCCCAGCGGAUGACGUGUCGGAUCGAGAGCAGCUGACCUCUGACCAAUCAGCGGAUGCCUAAGCACAUGCUUCUGUUUCAAGGGGGCUGUUCAGGAGAAGUUACACCUCUUGAGUGACUUAAAUCAAUGAAACUGAAUUGAGAUCUGCAGGCAGACUGGUCGCAGACUUUAAGGCUUUCUACGUGCUUUUAAGCUGAUCUGAAAUCAGUGAGCAGACUGCAAAGUCACACACCAAAUGCUUGAAUUGCCAUUACGACUGGUAGACAAACAGCAUCCGAGAGACUGGGAACAACACACAGAUCAAAGUACACACAUAAACACCCUAGAGAUGUUUAUGAAGAAUCAUGACCAUCAUGGAUGAGUAGAAUGGACUCUAGUUUUAGCACUACUUGUAGUGAAUACGUUUCUUUACACCACUGGCCUAUGGGUUUUUGGUGAUCUGUAUGUUUAGAUUCAGAUGGAGUAAUCCACCCUGUCUUAAUUCAGAUGGAGUUAUCCACCCUGACUUUAUUCAGAUGGAGUAAUCCACCCUAACUUUAUUCAGAUGGCAUUAUCCACCCUGACUUUAUUCAGAUGGAGUAAUCCACCCUGCCUUAAUUCAGAUGGAGUUGUCCAACCCUGACUUAAUUCAGAUGGAGUUGUCCACCCUGCCUUAAUUCAGAUGGAGUAAUCCACCCUGCCUUAAUUCAGAGGGAGUAGUCCACCCUGCCUUAUUUCAGAGGGAGUAGUCCACCCUGCCUUAAUUCAGAUGGAGUAGUCCACCCUGCCUUAUUUCAGAUGGAGUUGUCCACCCUGCCUUAAUUCAGAUGGAGUUGUCCACCCUGCCUUAAUGCAGAUGGAUUAGUCCACCCUGCCUUAAUUCAGAUGGAGUAAUCCAUCCUGCCUUAAUUCAGAUGGAAUUGUCCACCCUGCCUUAAUGCAGAUGGAAUAGUCCAUCCUGCCUUAAUUCAGAUGGAGUAAUCCAACCUGAUUUAAUUAAUCUGAUGUCUCACUGUGUCUAUUGAUCAGGCUCACACAGAGACAGACACACACAGAGACAGACACACACAGACACCACACACACAGAG